AUGAGUAGUGACGAGGAGUCUGACUACGACCCUUCAUUUGAUUCAUCUGUUCAAAAGAAAAAAACAGCUAAAAAGCAAACCGAUAAAAAGGAUAAGCUACCAGUUAAGAAGAAGCAAGUAUCGAAAAAGGAAACAAAUGGCAAUUCAGUCAUAAAUGGUGAUAAGAGUGAUGAUGGCGAUCCAUUGGAUAUUUUUACGAAUAUUGAUCAGCAGCCAAAAGGGCUAAGCAUUGAAAAAAUCUACCAGAAAAAGAGUCAACUGGAACAUAUUUUGCUACGUCCAGAUACAUAUAUUGGUUCCGUUGAGCGUACUGAUAAAGCGCCAUUAUGGGUGUAUGAUAUGGAAACAGAACGAAUUAUCCAACGUGACAUUUCAUAUGUUCCUGGUUUGUACAAAAUAUUUGACGAGAUUCUGGUGAAUGCAGCAGACAACAAACAGCGCGAUUCGAAGAUGAAUCUUAUCAAAAUUAAUAUUAAUAAAGAAACGAACGAGAUCAGUGUGUUUAAUAAUGGUAAGGGUAUUCCUGUGGUUCUACACAAGGUAGAGCAGUUAUAUGUCCCAGAGCUCAUAUUUGGUACUCUGCUUACUUCUUCAAAUUAUGAUGAUAGCGAACGGAAAGUAACAGGCGGCCGAAACGGAUAUGGUGCCAAACUAUGCAACAUAUUCAGCAGGGAAUUUACAGUUGAAACAUCUUCCAAAGAAUAUGGCAAAGCUUUCAAGCAAACUUGGAAGAAUAACAUGACGAAAGACAAAGACCCAUUUGUAAGUAAAUCAAGUGGUGAAGAUUUUACACGGGUAACGUUCAAACCGGAUCUUGCAAAAUUCAGAAUGACCGAACUCGAUGAUGACAUUAUUUCGCUGAUAUCACGUCGAGCAUAUGAUGUUGCUGGUUCGACGAAAGGUGUCAAAGUAUAUUUGAACGGCAAACUGCUACCGGUGCAAGGCUUUAAGCAAUAUGUAGACCAGUAUGCAAAACAUAAUCUUGAUAAUGACGGAGAACCAUAUAAAGUUGUUUAUGAACAGGUUAAUGAAAGAUGGGAAGUAGCUUUAACGGUAUCAGAAAAAGGGUUUCAGCAAGUUUCUUUUGUGAAUUCGAUUGCUACCACGAAGGGUGGUCGUCAUGUUGAUUACGUUGCUGAUCAAAUCACAGCUAAGCUGAUAGAUACAAUCAAAAAGAAAGUAGGAAAAAGCGGAGUAAAUGUUAAGCCGUUUCAAAUUAAGAGUCACAUGUGGAUCUUUGUGAACUCGCUUGUCGAGAAUCCAACGUUUGACUCACAGACAAAGGAGACAAUGACCUUGCAAGCAAAGAGUUUUGGCAGUAAGUGUGAACUAUCUGAAAGAUUCAUCAAUGCCGUGAUGAAAUGCGGAAUUGUUGAAGCUGUCUUGGCAUGGGUUCGUUUUAAACAGCAGGAAACCCUGGAUAAGAAAUGUUCAAGUAAAAAAACCAGCAAACUAAAGGGCAUACCAAAACUAGAAGAUGCAAAUGACGCUGGAACCAAAAAUUCCUCUUUAUGUACGCUAAUACUUACUGAAGGAGAUUCGGCUAAGUCACUCGCUGUUUCUGGAUUGGGUGUCGUCGGUCGUGACCGUUACGGUGUCUUUCCAUUGCGCGGCAAAAUGCUAAAUGUUCGUGAAGGCAGUCAUAAACAGAUUAUGGAAAAUGCAGAAAUAAAUUCUCUAAUUAAAAUCAUUGGACUACAGUAUCGUUUGAAAUAUGACAAAGAUGAAGAUAUGAGAACACUUCGUUAUGGAAAAAUAAUGGUUAUGGCUGAUCAGGAUCAGGAUGGUUCGCAUAUUAAGGGCCUUGUAAUAAAUUUUAUUCAUUAUAAUUGGCCAGUACUAAUUCGUCGUAAUUUUGUUGAAGAAUUCAUAACACCAAUUGUUAAGGCUACGAAGGGUAAAGAAUCGCUUUCUUUCUUUUCACUUCCAGAAUACGCUGAAUGGCGAAAUAAUACUGAGAACUGGAAGACAUACCGCAUAAAAUACUACAAAGGUUUGGGUACAUCAACUUCGAAGGAAGCCAAAGAAUAUUUCACCGAUAUGAUACGCCAUCGUAUUAGAUUUCAAUACUCAGGAGAGGAAGAUGACAGUUCUUUGGAUAUGGCAUUUAGUAAGAAGAAGAUUGAAGAUCGAAAAGUAUGGUUGACGAAUUGGAUGGCUGAAAAAAAAACAAGACGUGAGCAAGGAUUAACGGAAGAAUAUUUAUACGAUAAAGAUACUCGUGCUGUUUCAUUCAAAGAUUUCGUCAAUAAAGAAUUGGUUUUGUUUUCAAAUGCUGAUAAUGAAAGAUCCAUACCAAGUUUGGUUGAUGGAUUAAAACCUGGACAGCGUAAGGUGUUGUUCACUUGCUUCAAACGAGCAGAUAAAAAAGAAGUGAAAGUAGCUCAGCUUGCUGGUGCAGUUGGAGAAAUGUCUGCUUAUCAUCACGGGGAGGCUUCACUUAUGUCAACAAUCGUGAAUCUGGCUCAGGAUUAUGUUGGUUCGAAUAACAUUAAUUUAUUGUUACCAAUCGGUCAGUUCGGUACACGUUUGCAAGGUGGAAAGGAUAGUGCAAGUCCACGUUAUAUUUUCACACAGCUCAAUCCUGUAACCCGAGCACUCUUCCCCGCUGUUGAUGAAAAUGUUCUACGCUUCCUAUUUGAAGAGAAUCAACGAAUUGAACCCGAAUGGUAUUGUCCAAUUAUACCCACAGUUUUGGUUAACGGGGCCGAAGGCAUUGGUACCGCUUGGUCAACGAAGAUACCAAACUACAACCCACGUGAAAUUGUUGAUAAUAUGCGACGCUUAAUACGUGGCGAAGAACCCAAACCUCUGAUUCCAUGGUUCAAGAACUUCCGCGGAACUAUCGAGAAAUUAGAUGAGUCACGAUAUAUUUGCAGUGGUGAGAUAGCUCUUUUGGGUGAUGAUACAAUUGAAAUCACCGAGUUACCUAUACGAACUUGGACACAAAAUUACAAAGAAAGUGUCUUAGAAUCCAUGCUGGAAGGAUCUGAUAAACAGCCUCCUCUAAUACAAGAUUUCAAAGAAUAUCACACUGAUACAACUGUUAAAUUUGUUGUAAAAAUGAAUCCAGCGAAGCUGAGGGAAGCAAAAAUGGAAGGACUGCAUAAAAUAUUUAAGCUGCAAACGGCAAUAAAUAUAAGCUCUAUGGUUCUGUUUGACCCUUUGGGUUGCCUGAGGAGAUUUUCAAAUGUAGAAGAGAUUUGUAAAGAGUUUUUCGAAAUAAGAAAAAAAAAGUACAUCGAACGAAAAGCAUUCCAAGAGGGCAUGCUUCGUGCUCAAAGCGAACGGCUGAGCAAUCAGGCACGUUUUAUUUUGGAAAAAAUCAAAGGUGAAAUAUUGAUUGAGAAUAAACGUAAGGCAGUAAUAGUGGAGCAGUUGGUGAAAAAAGGUUUCGAUCCAGAUCCAGUGAAAAAAUGGAAAGAAUUACAGAGAAAACGUGAACUUGAAAUGACUGGUGAAUUUCAGGUAGAUGACGAAGAAAUGGAAGGUGAAGAAGAGGAAGAAUCAGAAUCAUCGGUUUCUCCGAUGAAGAAGGAUUUGGAGAAAAAACUGAGUGAUUAUGAUUAUUUAGUAGGUAUGGCAAUUUUAAAAUUGUCGGAAGAAGAAAAGGAUAAAUUGUUACACGAUAGCGAACUAAAGUUGGAGGAGUUAAAGGCCUUGGAAUUAAAAACUUGGUCUGAUUUGUGGGAAGAAGAUUUGAAUAAUUUUUUAGUUGAAUUGGAAAAACAGGAAGCUAAAGAAAGAGCCGAUAUAGAAUUGCAAGUAAAAGAUGCUGUCAAAAAAAUUGCUGGUGUAGCCAUGAAAGGAGGACGUAAGAAAGCGGGCACGCUUGUACAAGAAGUACUUCCUGAUCCGAACGGAAUUCGAGUACAUCCUUCUCUAGAUGCUAUUAAAGAAAAAUAUGAAGGCAAGAAGACAGAUGAACAAAAAGUUAGGAAGCCAAGAAUAUCAAAAGAGCCAAAACAAAUAAAGGAUGAGAACGAUGAGGGGGGUGAGAAAAACAAAGGGAAGCCCAAGCGUCAACGAAAAGAAAAUGAUCGAGAUGGCAAUUCAAUGAAUGCUAAAGCAAAAAAAGGGAAGCGAAAUAAGUGGGAAUCCGACAGCAGUGAAGAUGAUUUCGAUGAAUCUGAUUACGUUAUUGAUGACGACGAUGAUGAUGUGAUUGAGAUUAAAAAAACAACAGCUGGAGAUAGGAAGAGACGAGCGGAACAGUCGAUAACUAAAAUGGAUUUGACUAGUGAUGAUACUAAUGUUGAGGGUAGUUUGAUGCAGUCAGGCAGUGGUGAGGACAAGAAAAAAUUUCAUGAAAAAAUGGAUGAUCUUUUUUUAAAUGAGAAACCAUCUGGAAGUAAUACAAAAUCAAGAGAUAUUGCUGAAAUCAAAGAAGCCAAAUCUAAAAAACAAACAAAGCCUAAAGCAAAAAUCACGAAAGAAAAUAAAAAGGGGUCGGAGUCCAGAAAGCGAAAAGUGAAAUCUAAUGAUGAUGAUGAUGAAGGUAGUGAUGGUGGUGCUGACGUCCCCUUUGAACCAGCUGCUGUACGUCCUCGUGAAAGAGGCCGGCAGCUUAAAGCUGUUAAAUACACUUUUGAUGAUGAUAACGAUGACGAUAGUGAUGAUAUUCCUGGAUUGUCUGAGAGUACAUCAUCAUCACACCAGAUGAAGCGGCGAAAGAAAAUUGAAAGUGAUGAAGAAUUUGAAUUAAGCAACUAA